AGCAAAGUUCAAUCUUCCAAGUUCCGGAGAUCUUCUGAGUGGCGGGAGCAACAGAUGUUUCAGCUAUUAGAAGCUGGCUGGGAGGAUACAUUGUCAUAAGCUUUGGGCAGUAGGUAGCUGACGUGAGAGAAAAUUCUGGUCGGUGGAGGGGGCGCACGGCGGCAGCUGGCAUGUCAGAAGAUAGUGGGCACUUUCCAUCCAGAAUAUGUUUAGGACGUUGUUAUCUGUAAUCUGAGGGCUGGGCUAGCUUCCCAAAGAGUCAGUUUGAGAAACAGAGUUCGGAACCCCAACACCUGCUCAAUUCCGUGCUCAGGCAACAUAGUGAAGUGUCUCAGCGCCGCCACUGAGCAGAGUUCUUGAAUGUGGACUGUCUCUCGAUGGACGUUUUGGAGUGGGUCCGCAAUGCUGCGGACUUCUGCAAGCCGGGGCCAAUAGCCCCCCUGCCGACGGGCGCCCCUGCAAAGUGGGGCGUAACGGCAACGCUCAAGCCGCACCAGGAGGAGGGGGUGGCGUGGCUCGUCGAGCGCUACAACCGGGGGGUGAAUGUGAUCCUGGCCGACGAGAUGGGCCUGGGGAAGACUGUCCAAGCCAUCACCCUCCUAGCGUACCUCUCUUCUGAUAGACGAAACCCGGGGCCUUUCCUCGUCAUCAGCCCACUAAGCGUCACCGAAGGCUGGGCGUCCGAACUGCGCCUAUUCGCACCGAAGCUUCGGACCGUCCGCUACACUGGCGACAGGGAACAGCGGGAGGGCAUCCGGAAGGAAAUUACGGACGGUUUGAAUGAGCUCCCGGCUGAUAAGCGGGCGGAGCCACCCCUGGACUUCGAAGUGCUGCUGACGACUUAUGAGCUGGCGAUGCUGGACGUAGUGUUUCUGGGGCGGUUUCGGUGGAAGAUGUGCGUCGUCGACGAGGCGCAGCGGCUCAAGAACGACGAGAGCGUCCUUUACAAGGCCCUCUCGGAGCGGUACCUCCUCCCCCGACGGCUCCUGCUCACGGGCACCCCCGUCCAGAACAACCUUGCCGAACUAGGCGCGCUGCUCCACUUCUGCAUGCCCAAAAUCUUUCCCGACGCGCGCCGCUUCUCAGACGCUUUCGGGCCGGCCGCCGGCGGUGUGAAUGCGCCCAAGUCCGGUGCGAACGGGGCCGACGCAGCUGGAAACGGGGCUAAGACGCGUGUGAAUGGAGCGGAAGCAGGUGUGAAUGGGCCCGUUUCCGCCUUGAAAAAUACCGCCCUCGAGGUUCUUCGGGCGGCUUUACACUCGUUCAUGCUGCGCCGCACCAAGGCCGCGCUCGUGACAGCUGGCGCGCUGUCGCUGCCCCCUCUCGCGGAAGUUGCGCUGUUCGCGCCCAUGGUUCCAGUGCAGGAACGGGUGUAUCUGUCGGUUCUGAAGAAAGAGCUUCCCCGAUUCGGGGGGGACCCCCAGGCGGGGGCGCUGCAAAACAUCGUCGUCCAGCUGAGGAAGGCGUGCAGCCACCCGUACCUUUUCGGGGGGGUCGAGCCGGAGCCGUUUGAGGAGGGGGAGCACCUGGUGGAGGCCAGCGGCAAGCUGCUGUUGCUGGACCUGCUGCUGUCCAAACUGAAGGCCGGCGGACACCGCGUGCUCAUCUUCGCCCAGAUGGCGCGGACGCUCGACAUUCUGCAGGACUAUCUCGAAAUGCGUCGCUACGGUUACGAACGCCUCGACGGCUCAGUGCGCGCCGAGGAGCGCUUCGAGGCGGUCAAGAGCUUCAGCGGGCGGGGGACAGCUGGCAGCAGCGGCGGCGCGACAGCUGGCAACGGGGACACCGAUCCUUUCGUCUUCCUGCUGACCACUAGAGCGGGGGGCGUUGGGCUGAACCUGGUGGCUGCGGACACGGUGAUCUUCUUCGAGCUGGACUGGAACCCCCAGGCGGACCUGCAGGCCAUGCAGCGCGCGCACCGCAUCGGGCAGCAACGGCCGGUGCUCGCCAUCCGGCUCGUCACGCAGCACAGCGUGGAAGAGGUGAUCCUGCGGCGGUCCAAGAAAAAGCUGCGCCUGACGCGUGACGUCAUCGGGCGCGACGACGACGAGGUGGAGGCGCAGGCGGGCGUCGCGUCGGGCGCGCAGGAGCUGCGGGAGAUGAUCCAGUUCGGCCUGCACAGGCUCGGUGCUGACGACAAUGAUGACGUCGGCGCGCUCCGGGUUGCGCUCGCGGGGCUCGUCGCCACUGCGCUCGCGCAGAGGAACGGGCGCCCACACAGCGCUCUGUCAAAGCUAGAGCGGACAGAGAUCGAAACGGAGCAAGCGGGAAAAGAGGAAGAAGAGGAGGGGAAUAUCUACAGCUACGAGGGGAAGGACUACAGUAGUAAAAAGGGGGGGGAGAAAAGUGAGGAGGAUGAAAGGGCGCUUAGAAAGAUUGUGGAAGAGAGCGGGGGCGGCGCCGGGCCGUCGGGGCGGGGGCCGGCCGCGAAGAGGCGGCCGCGGAGCGCAGAAGAUGAGGCUGCGGCAGAGGAGGCCCAGGCGCGGAAGCGGAAGAAAGCGGAGGAGCGGAAGCACGCCCGGUGGAAGGAACUGGGGUACGAGUCGCUGGCGCUGAACGAACCAGAGCCGUCCGAUCUGGAGGAUCGAGGGUCGGGAGAGGCCGAGGACGAGGACGUCACCUUCGUCAUCGGUGACGUCACGAAGCCGAAGCGGGGGGCGCCUGGCGAGCCCGCAAUCAUUGUCAGCUGCUGCGACAAUUCCGGCACGUGGGGCCGGGGCGGAAUGUUCCGGGCGCUCGAGACGCUCUCGGCCGUCGUUCCCGAGGCGUACGAGGCUGCCGGAGAGGCCGGGGAUCUGCACACCGGGGACCUGCAUCUCAUCCCGGUAGAAGAUGUCGGCGACCAGAGCGGGCCGAGCACCACCGGCGGCCAGUCUGGCGGGCCGCUCUACGUCGCCCUCGCGAUCGCCCAGGAGUAUGACCGGCGUAGAAAGAACCCGCGGAGCGAUCUGCAGACGGAAGCGCUACAAGCGGCGCUUGAGAAGCUGGCGGUCGCGGCGGUCAAGAUGAAGGCUUCCGUCCACCUGCCUCGGCUGACCGUGUCCGCCGGAGGGGGCCGAGCGGACUGGUACGCGAUCGAGCGGCUGCUGCGCAAGUGCCUUACGAGCAGGGGGAUCCCCACCACCGUGUACUACUUCCGGCGUACCUGAGAUCAGCGAGGCAUCUCUAUGGUUCGAUCAGGCACGUUACAGCUUUGCCUGGGACAUGUUGGUGGCGGUCAGCCCCUGUUGUAUUUGGAGUCGACAAACUACAAGAAACGUGCAACGAAGCUUGGGUAAAUCAGACCCUUGUCACCUCAGGGACCAACUUGUCUAAUCUACGAACUCGUAUUGCUGGCCCAGUGCUCAAGGACUGUAGUGAUCUUUUAAGCACAACAAUCAGUAAGCACACUGAUUAUCUAGGCACCACGCAAGUUCUACAGCUGCCUUCUGCGUGCGGCAGCUCAGUGCAUG